AAAAUUUGUUUUGAUAAUUUUACGGGCAGUUUUUAGUGAAAUCUUUUCUCAUUCUUUGUGGUUUAGAUCGUUUUUAUUGGAAAACAAUUGCGCAAAGUUAAUCCUGAGUAUCAAAGUUAAUCUUUCCAUCAAGUUUCACAACCUUCCAUGAUGGAACAGAAUGAUCCGGAGUCGGCCGAUUCGUGCAGCAUCACGGAAGAGGAAGUGGAACCAAAGCUCAAAUAUGUAAGACUAACGAACGAUCUGAAUAAGAUCCUUAGCGAGGAAGCCGUCAGUUGCAUCGCCGUCCAUUCGAAAUUCCUUUGCUUGGGUACCCACUGGGGACGGAUUCACAUGUUGGACCAUCAGGGUAACCGAGUCAUUACGGCGCUCAAUAUGGGCCUGCCGAACUAUAAUCCGCACACCCUGUCGGUGAACAAGAUUUCGGUGGACAGCAAGGGCGAGCACAUAGCGACCUGUUCCGACGAUGGGAUGAUCAUCAUCGAUGGCCUGUGCACGGAUGAGAACAACCAGAAGCUAAAGCUGGAUAAAGCGAUCAAAGCGGUCGAGCUGGAUCCGAUGCACUACAGGUCCGGGUCGGGACGCCGUUUUCUGAUAGGCGACAACAAGCUGAUGAUGUACGAGAAAACAUUCCUCAAAGGGUUAAAGUCCACGAUACUGAGCGACUCCGAAGGACCGGUCAGUGCAAUCAAAUGGAACGGCCAAUUCAUUGCAUGGGCCAGUUCGCUGGGUGUCCACGUUUACGAUUUGAACGAACGAUGCUCGCUAGGACUGAUCAAAUGGGAAGAACCAAAAGCAGGCAGACUGACAGACUUCCGUUGCAAUCUGAACUGGUCCAAUCAAACGACUCUGCUCAUCGGAUGGGUGGACACCAUUCGGAUAUGUGUGAUAAGAAAACGAAAUCCCAUAGAGGUGUCCAGUCGAAAUCUCCCAGCGCACAUCGUAGAUCCCAUGUCAACAUUCCAAACCGAGUUCUACGUUUGCGGUGUGGCGCCUUUGGAGUCCCAUCAACUGGUCGUGCUGGGGUACUCGAAGGAGCGUGACUCGGAGACGAACAAAGCCCUACGGCCAAUUUUGUGUGUUCUACAGUAUAAAGCAAGUGAUUAUAUUGAAAUUUGCACCGACAGUCUCUCGAUGAGGGGGCAUCAAGAGUAUAAGUGGGAUGAUUAUCAUCUGGAUUGUCUAAUAGAAGAAAACCAGUAUUUUAUAGUGUCGCCAAAGGAUAUUGUAGUGGCUACUUUAUAUGAAACGGAUGAUCGCGUGAAGUGGCUGCUAGAACACGGAAAGUUCGAAGAAGCCAUGGAGGUGAUCGCAAAACAUGGCGGCAAGUACUCGCUCGCCAACGUCGCUCGCCUAUACCUGGACCAUCUACUGUCGUUGAAGCAGUUCGACGAUGCCGCCAAACUGUGUCUGCGUGCCUUCCAAAACAAUACGCAACUGUGGGAGGAAGAGGUGUACAAGUUUGUCAAGGUGAAACAGCUCCGCUCGGUAAGCGGUUACCUUCCACGGUCAGCAGAGUGUAGACUGAACCCGCACGUGUACGAAAUGGUUCUGUAUGAGUACCUUCAGCUGGAUCCCGACGGAUUUUUGCAUAUUGUCAAAGAGUGGGAACCAUGGUUGUACAAUACUAAGGCAGUGAUCAAUGCGAUCAAUGACCAUUUUAACAAAAAGGACGCGAAUAUCCUGCUGGAAGCGCUAGCUAUAUUGUAUUCUCACGAGAAGGAGUACGACAAAGCGUUAACGAUGUAUUUAAAGCUUCAACACAAGGAUGUAUUCGAGCUUAUCAGGAAUCACAACCUUUACUCAGUCAUCAAGGAUACGAUAGUGCAAUUAAUCGAACUAGAUAGUGAUAAAGCAAUCGCCAUGCUGCUAGAAAAGAACAAGAUUCCCGCGGAAGACGUUGUAAAGGAGCUGGAAAGUCGAGAGGACUACUUGUAUCGGUAUCUGGAUGCGUACGAUAAGACGGACAAUUCAGGAAAAUUCCAUUGGAAGCUAGUCACUCUCUACGCAAAGUACGACCCCAGCAAGUUGCUCUCGUUUCUCAAGCGAUCGAACAACUACCCGAUACAGGAAGCGUUCGAUAUUUGCAAACAGAAGCUGUUCUACCCGGAAAUGGUUUACUUGCUGGGCCGAAUGGGCAACACCCGCGAGGCGCUAUCGAUCAUCAUCCACAAGUUGGAAGACAUUCAGAUGGCGAUCGAUUUCUGUAAGGAGCAUGAUGAUAUGGACCUUUGGAACGAUCUGAUCAACGAAUCCGUCGAUAAUCCGUACAUCAUGACAAAGCUAUUGGACGGUAUAGCCGGCUUCAUCAAUCCGGAAAUACUGGUGAACAAAAUCAAAAAGGGCCAGGAAAUUCCAGGGCUGAAAAACUCGAUAAUAAAAAUGCUGUGCGGUUUCAGCCUGCAGGUUUCCAUACAGCACGGUUGUAAUCAGAUUUUAGUUACUGACUACUUCAACAUGCACGAACGGCUGGCCAAGGUGCAACAGGGCGCGCUACCAAUAACCGGGGAGAAUACCUGUGGCCUGUGUCGAAGGGAUAUCAUCGUUAAGGAUCCUCCUCGAACAGAAACCGACAUAGUGGUGUUCAACUGUCGGCACUAUUUCCACGAAAAUUGUUUGCCCGACAAGUACAAUACGGACUAUUGCACAGUAUGCAAAUCGCGUAAACCAUUAAAGCUUCAUGAACCAUAUUUUGAUCGGCAAUGGUCUGAAAGAUCUCCGACGAUGACGAUGAUGUCGAGAAAGAUUUACGAAAGCUGUCUAGUUUACACAGGGUCUCGAGAAAAGUUUGAUCUGGCUCCGAUCCUCAUCAUGACCCAGCAAGGACCUGCCUUUGACUCCAACUGCAUGACGCUUACGCGUUUUGUGCUGCAGGAGCAAAAGAAAUACAAACAAGCCACCGGGGACCUGUCCCAGCUGCUCAACUGCAUCCAGACUGCCAUCAAGGCCAUCAGCUCGGCUGUUCGUAAGGCCGGAAUUGCCAAACUGCAAGGAAUCUCAGGUGACACCAACGUCCAAGGCGAACAGGUGAAAAAGCUAGAUGUCCUGUCCAACGAAAUUUUCAUCAACAUGCUGAAGUCCUCGUACUCGACCUGCCUGCUGGUUUCGGAGGAGAACGACAACGUCAUCGAAAUCGAGACCGAGAAGAGGGGCAAAUAUGUGGUUUCGUUCGAUCCGCUCGAUGGUUCCAGCAACAUUGACUGCCUUGUGUCGAUUGGAUCCAUUUUCGGAAUUACCAGACAAGCAAACGAAGGAACGGAACCAUCUGUUGCGGAUGCCCUUCAAGCUGGCAACAAGAUGGUAGCCGCCGGGUAUGCCCUCUACGGUUCGGCAACGAUGAUCGUUAUCAGCCUGGGAGAAGGUGUACAUGGCUUUAUGUACGAUCCAUCGAUCGGAGAGUUUGUCCUAACGGACUACAACAUGCGCAUUCCCGAGCGGGGUAACAUCUACUCCAUCAACGAAGGAUACUCCUCGACGUGGGACCCAUCGGUGUACAACUACGUCCAGGACAAGAAAGACCCUGCCAAGGGAAAACCGUACGGAGCACGUUACGUGGGCAGCAUGGUGGCCGAUGUGCACCGAACGAUCAAAUACGGAGGAAUCUUCAUCUACCCGGCAACGGCUGCCGCCAAGAACGGAAAGCUGCGACUUCUGUACGAGUGCAAUCCGAUGGCUUACAUCGUUACGAAAGCCGGCGGCAAAGCCAGUGCCGGUAAGGACAAGGAGAUUCUGGAUGUAGUGCCAACCUCGAUCCAUCAGCGUUGUCCGAUUUACCUGGGCUCGAAACUAGACGUCGAAGAAGCUCUUAGUUAUAUUAAGUGAGUCUGGUGUGUCAGUGUGUGAUUGUGUCUGUUGAUGUUACGAAUGCCUUUCGUUUAUUCUUUGUAUAUGUCGGAAACGGUUAAAAUAAAUUUUGAGAUUUAA